AUGAAUCAAGUUCCAACAGAUCUUCUACCUCACGAUUCGUACGUGGGAGAGAUCUAUCGAGUCAACAUAUCCUUUAUCUGUGUCAAUUCCGUCAUCAUCAUCAUACGCUUGAUCGUCAGAGGCUUCGUGGUGAGACAGGUGGCUGUUGACGAUUUCCUCAUGGUGGCGGCUGGCCUCUUCGCUGAUGCCUUCUCCGCUAUGUCGAUAGUUGGCAUACGAUAUGGCCUAGGGAAACACAUCUAUGACCUCCCGCAGGACUCCAGAUUGGUUGACAACACAAAGAAAACCUUGUGGACAUGUCAAAUCAUGUACGUGACAGCCUUGAUGCUGGUCAAGAUAUCCAUCGUUACUUCGUAUCUUCGAGUUUUCCCGACUCCUACCUUUCGGAAAAUCAUGUAUGCUCUCGGUGUGGCCAUCAUCGCGGUCUGGAUCUGCAGUAUCCUCGUUACCAUCUUCCAAUGCCAUCCGGUCCGCGCGGCUUGGGAUUUUACUCUUCCUAGAGACUGCUUGCAAAUCGUCUCGUUCUAUUACUUCACCACCGCUUUUUCGAUAUUCACCGACUUCUUGCUGUGUACCCUCCCGUUGCCAGUCUUUUACAGGCUUAAACUACCAGCGAGGCAAAAGUAUAUCGUGUCUUUACUGUUUGCCAUUGGCUUGUUCGCAACCGUCGCAUCGGCUCUACGCAUAAGUGUCCUCAGGAGUGUCGACAGCCUGGAUGUCACCAUGGGAUCAGUAUCCACAAUGAAAUGGUCGGUGGUUGAGGUUGGCACGGGUAUCGUCUGUGCAUGUAUACCUUGCCUGAAGCCUCUUUUCAAGGGGUUUUUGCCAGAUAAGACCUCCGCCAACAGGUCUGGUCACCGCGCCGAUGGGCCGAGUGUGCAUACGCCUCGGCUGGGAACCGCGCACGAAGAGCGGCACGAGCUGACCAAGCCCUCGGAAGGCUGGACGAACUUUAGUCGGCAAACACUGACUUUGAAACAAGGCCCGAUGGUGACGGCAAAGAACUUCGUGUAA